GUGCCCUAUACUUUUCACACAUACGCAUUGAAACAAAAACAGCGUCAGGCCAGUAGCUGAGCUCAAAGAGACAUUGCAAAAUAAACCUCUUGCUGAAUACUGCUGUGGACGUAUCGAAAUCAGAAUAUUUUACUACUGGGCCAAGGUACAACUAAUUCCAUACAAGAUGAACAUGUUUGAUCGAAAUAUAAAUUUGGAUUCUCUCUUAAAAUUUUCCCAAAUCUCCCACUCCACUCAGCUCCACCUAAAGAAUGUCUACUCCAGCCUGGCCCUGUGCAUGUUUGUGUCUGCCGCCGGAGCCUACGUCCACGUCGUCACCAGGCUCUUCCAGGGUGGCCUGUUGUCCAUGCUGGGUUCCUUGGCCAUGAUGGCCUGGCUGGCUAUGACCCCCCACAGCCCCCAGACUGAGAAGAAGAGACUGGCCAUCCUCUCAGGCUUUGCCUUUUUCACAGGUCUUGGUUUGGGCCCAGUCAUGGAUUACGUCAUCUCUAUUAACCCAAGCAUCAUUGUGACAGCCUUCCUCGGGACCUCCGUCAUCUUCGUGUGCUUCACCCUGAGUGCGCUGUACGCCCAGCGUAGGAGCUACCUGUUCCUCGGAGGGACUCUGAUGUCUGGGCUGUCCAUCCUGCUGCUGGUCUCGUUCCUCAACAUGUUCCUGGGGUCAGUCAUGUUGUUCAAGGCUCACAUAUACCUUGGACUGGCCAUCAUGUGUGGGUUUGUGCUGUUUGAUACUCAACUCAUCAUUGAAAAGGCUGAGAUGGGAGACAAAGACUACAUCUGGCACUCUGUGGAUCUCUUCUUGGAUUUUAUAACUAUCUUCAGGAAGCUCAUGGUUAUUCUGGCCAUGAAUGAGAAGCAGGACAGCAAGAAAAAGGAGAGGAAGUGAAUAAGAGUGCCAGCAAAUAAAAUAUCUGUGACCUGGAAUCACAUCAGGAGUGCUUCUGGAGCAUCAGCUUAACUGCUUAAUUAUUCAAAUUAAUUAUUUAGAUCAUUAUGUGAUUUUGUACUUUGAUAUAGUGUCUUAAUUCUUAGGAAUCGAUUGGUUGGAUUUGGGAAUUGGCUUCUAUGUAAGGUUUGACGUAUCUGGGAUUUGAUGUAAAGGUCUGGAAGUUCCUGUGUUGUCAUUUAUUAAAAUAAAGUAUAAACUCCCGUUUUGAAGGGAUGAUUUAGUUGUUUUUUGAAAUAAUGAACUAACAAACUGAUUUUGAUAGUUAUUUUCCUGAUGGGGGGUAAACCGUGUGAAGGAGACGAUUUGCUUUUUUGUCUUCCAUUUAAACAAGUAGAAAAUCAGUACCUCAAAUUAUUUAAGCCCCUGUUUAUGUAUGUACUGAUCAAAGUUCCUUUUGCAUUUCUGAGCCCCCUUGAGCAUCUGUGAAUAUUAAUGGAAAUGCAUACAUUUUCUGCAAAGACGUUGAUAACUAUUUGUCUAUUUGGAAAAUCUGCCAAUUAAGUAGGCCCCCUUGCCCUGAACAUAUUAGUUACAUCAUGGUAAAUUUUUGAAGUGUUCACUUACAUGGUUUAUCAUUGUGAUAUUGUAUUACACAUUUUACCGUUGCUGUUACAAUACAGUCUCUCUUCAGUGAAGUUGUACUAUUCACUUUUUUUCUCUUAACUGCCAAGUCAUUUACUGAUUUCAAUAAAGGUAUACAUUAUCGUUAUGUGAGGAUUCUGUAAUACCAGUUUUCUUCUAUUGUAGCUUGAGCCAUUUAGGGGUUCACAAGCUUUUUAAUGAGAUGCAAUUGAUCAAGUAGAUAACGCUAUGUAUUUUAUUAAUCUUGAAUAACCAGACCUGCUGCAAUCUGUUGAAAGCACUUCUCAUUCUACAUAAAUGAUUGCUAUAUGAGUUGUAUGACAUUUUUAGGGUACUUGCUGGUUGUGUUGUCCCCUAUGGUGUAAAGAAAGUAAUGUUUAUGAAGUAAUAUUUAUUUUCUCUUUCCCCUACAACAAAUAUUUUAGGCUCAAAUUGAACCUGGAUGGCUAAAGAUUUGUUAUUGAGUGCUUAGAAAAUUUAAACAUGCCCAUAUGUGUAAUUUGACUACGUUUACUCUAAUCGCUGCAUGUUAUAAUCUUGGCAUGACACAGAUCUUUCAUAAUGCAGGAUUUAAUUUAACCCACUGUGCUUAAAAUGGAGGUGAACACUUGACAACUGGUGUUUUGUGGCAAAUGGAUUUGAUGUAAUGACAUGAAAUGGAAAAAAGUAACUUUUCUUCAAGGUAUGUCCAAAUGUGCAGCUGUAACAACUCUUUUAAGGUUUAUUUAUGGGCUUACUGUAAAGUUACCAUUUAUGACGGGUUGAGCAGAUUCAUUGAGGAGAACAGCAUAUAAUUUUCAUCUGAUGUCAGUUUAUUCACUGAAAGCAUGUGAAUUACUGUCCAGUUACCAUUCUUAACUAGUAAUCUUUCCAGUUUUUCUGGGACAUGCUGAGAAAAAACUCUUUAGGUUCUCACAGGGGUAUUUUUUUAACCUAGUUUGAAUGAAACAAAUGAGCUGGAAAAAAUCUACAAUUCUCAAAACUUUAUUUCCUCCAAAGUGCUCAUAACAAUACAGGUUUACCAAUCUAUCCCCUAUUGCUACUCAAUUUAAACAUUUUACUGUUUGAAGAAAAAAAAUUAACAGGAUGUCUUAUACUUUUGUGAGAUUCUUUUGUGCUUUUCAUGGAAUUGCUAUUGUUAUACUGCUAAAUAAAUGUAAGAAUUAAAGUUUGUUAAAAUAAUGUU